GUGGUAAAUAAUUACGGAAAGAAAGAGUUAAAGGUUUUUAGUGGUGAUUUGUGUUCUUUCUUUCCCUAGGGAUUAAUGGAGGAUUCUGUGCUUUGAGUUCAAGUGAUAUGGAUAUAUUAUCACAUCAUUGUGUCAGUGUAGUAUUGGAACGUUUUCAGUAGUGUGUAGUGGUAUAACCUCGUUACAUCAAACUGGACAGGGUCGAGUCUAUUCCUCUAAUAUACUGUGUGGGGUAGAUCAACUUAACCAUCGCUGGGCUCUAAACAGUCCUUGGUAUUUGACCCUCUCACAGUGUGGAGUUGUGUAGACAUAAAGUGUAUCUAGAUCUGGCCUGUACACUGAGCAAACACGAUGUGAUACUUGGCUUAGGUUAUGAGUACAUUUACAAAAUCUAGUCCUAAUACAACAAGUAAACGAGCAGUUACUACAGACUACAACAGAGGCAUACACUGCUCCAAGUACACUGGAGGUUUUCUAUUUGAAUAGUUCGGACCAUAGACAGGGUGCGUCUAAAUAAUGUAUAUACACACUUUGAACUGUCAUAGACAAUUGAUUUGCUGCUCUACCUCACGCCGCUGGAUUUCUUCUUAUGAGGCACAGUUUAAGAUGAGAUGUACAAACGUAAACUACGUCACCUGGGCUCACUGUGGAAUGAGAUUCAGGUGGUGUGCGCAGAAAUCUCAGUGAACACUUUGGUACGAUGUACGGAAUCAGUGUUGACUCGUACUCAGCAAUGUAUUGACGCUGAAGGCCACCAGUUUGAACAUUACUCACAUUAACCACAUUUAUUUUUCUAAUUAGAUAGACAUUAAGCUUUCCAUGUCCAGAAAUUUAGCAUUGUAGAACGGGAAAUAAAUUGUCUACGACAGUUCAAAGUGUGUAUACUUUUUGACGCACCCUGUAUAUAUACAGAACUAACAUUUCAAGCCACAAAUAACAGCUUAAGAGUCAGUAUGAAUUGGAGUUCGGUUUAAGUGGUUCCGAACAGGCGAAUUAAAUUUCAACAUUAAUGAUUCCAAUGAGGUCCCCCCUUUCAGAAAAAAAAAAUAGUCCAUGAUGUACACGGAGAAUUUGUUGAAUUUAAUGUAGCCAAGUAUUGAAAUAUAUUCGUAGGACUAGGUCGAGACUUAGAAGAAUGGAACUUGGAAUAACAAGCUAUUUAAGUGUUACCUUCGAGUCAGCGGGUUCAACAAGAGGUCACACGUACUCGCGCCUGGCCACUUGGGUGUUGCUGUUACAAUGGUCAGGAGACGAUUUCUGUGGGAACAAGUGGAUUAGCGAGCCGGAUGUGAUUAUCACUUACGUCAUGGCGUGACGUCAUAAUGGGACCGUAGUUUCUGGAAGACAUCUGUGUGUGUGUGCACGAUAGGUUUGCUGUGAGCGCCCACUGAACCGACUUCUGACAUUUGAUUCAUUUAACAUUUGGCCUACAGCCGAAACCUUUUGUGAAGUGUCACCUCCCCUCUCCGGGGGCUCGCCAUGUUUACGGAGCCUGGAGUGAGCCCCUCAAUGUUCCACGUCCAGAACAUCUACGGGACCCCGCAGAUCUCUAGACGUCGGCAGGGUCAAGGCCUAAAACCACGGCGUAUGACCUUAAUUGACCUCAGAAACGUUCCUUUGAAUGAUGAAGAGGUCAGCCACAGAAAGGGAAGCUCUGGCACCAUCAAGUCUGAGAGCGGCUUCUCUCACUCCCACCAUCCCAAGCAGCCCCAAGAAACCAAGGACACUGUGACCCCUCAGGGAGUUAAGGUCAGCACCAUGAAGGUCAAGUAUGUUGCCCCUGCAGGUCAGGGUGGGUCAGGGGGAGGACAGGGCAGCUCAGAACAGACCAGGUUCCCCAAGCUUGAGGAGUAUGCCCACUUUCACUAUGACCAAGUGGAAAUCCCUUCCUUGAAGCUUGCUAUGUGCAGUGAUGAUGCUAAUAACUAUAAGCACAAUACAGAGCUGUCUGAAGACUCCAGGAUGUUCCUGGUCAGUGUGUCUGUGGGCUCCACCAGGACCUGGAUCAUCAGGAGGUCCCUGGAUAACUUUGACAUGCUUGACAAGCAGCUGCACAGGUGUAUAUUUGACCGCAGGUUCUCACACUUGGAGGACUUAAAGGCUGCCCAGUUGGAGACAAAGUCAAGACAGGAUGUUCAAGCUGUCCUUCAGAACUACUUGAGUCAUUUCUCAGAGCUGGCCAGUGGUAUGAUCAACUGUGGCUCUGUACUCAGCUGGAUGGAGAUGGACAACAGGGGGCACCGCCUGGUGGCUACAGAUGACUCUGGCAUCAACACACCUGCGAUAGCCGCUGCCCACGUAAUCAAACGCUACAAUGCCCAAGCUGCAGAUGAGAUAUCACUACAGGUUGGUGAUAUGAUUUCAGUGAUUGACAUGCCUUCGGCUGAGGACACAGUUUGGUGGAGAGGAAAACGAGGCUUUGAGGUGGGAUUCUUCCCCAGUGAAUGUGUUGAACUUAUAGGGGACAAAGUGCCUGCCUCCAUGGCGUCCUACUGCCCGGAACCUUUGGCUACAGCGGCAGCAUCUAGGAAACCCUGUGAGAACUUGGUGGAGCUGCCACCCAUCCCCAUCUCAGCAACACUACCACCUCUACCACCUCCACCCACCACACCUGCAGCACUUACCACAUCCAAUUCCACCAGCCACAGCAAUGCAGCCACACCACACUCUGCCAGCCAUGGCAGCACAUCACACUUCAUCAGCCACAGCAGUGCCAAUGCAUCACCAUCUACAAUACACUCCUUCACCCAAGGCAGUGCUACUCCAUCACAUUCAGCCAUCCAGGGCAGUUCACCCAUUUCACUCACCAGCAGCCACAGCAGCACAUCCAGCUCCACUAGCCAUGGCAGUGCACCCCAGUCGUACACUGCCAGCCAUGGCAGUACACCCUCAUCAUCAACGCCUUCACCCUCCCCUUCACGCUCCUCCAACACCUCGGUGGCCACUGCCAGCUCUGUGGGGACAUUCUCAUUGUCGGCGGCAUCGGCCCUGUCCUAUCCUGACUCAUCACCAACCAUGAUCCGAAAACAUGGGAAGCUUCUCUCUUUUCUCCGGACAUUUUUCUCCCACCGUCCUCCACGUAACCAACUGAAGCAGUCUGGGAUUGUCAAGGAGAGAGUUUUUGGCUGUGAUCUCGGAGAGCAUUUAUUAAACUCAGGACACGACGUGCCAUUGUUAUUAAAAAGCUGUACAGAUAUCAUAGAAGAACAUGGAAUAGUUCAUGGUAUCUACAGGCUAUCAGGCAUCACAUCCAAUAUACAGAAGCUCAGGUUGGCUUUUGAUGAAGACAGGGUCCCCGACCUUACCGAAGACUGUUAUUUGCAGGAUAUACACAGUAUUAGCUCCCUUUUAAAGAUGUAUUUUAGAGAGUUACCUAACCCUUUACUCACAUACCAGCUGUAUGACAAGUUUGCUGAGGCUGUUAGAGAUGAGGAUAAUAAACUUCUCAAGAUUCAUGAUGUAGUCCAGCAGUUGCCUCCCCCACACUAUAGGACCACAGAGUAUCUCAUGAGGCACUUGGCAAGGGUGGCAGCUUACGGACAUGAAACAGAAAUGCAUUCCAAAAAUCUGGCCAUCGUUUGGGCUCCAAACCUUCUUAGAUCCAAAGAGCUAGAAGCAGGGGGAGGAGCAGCAGCACUGCAAGGUGUGGGCAUACAGGCUGUGGUCACAGAGUGCCUCAUCUGUUACUGUGACAUUAUCUUCAGUGACAAAAUGCCCAAUUACAGCAGUACAGAGAACGGCAAAGGUCAGAAGAAACCCAGGCCCAAAUCUUUGGCCAUUUCCACACCAACCCGGUUAUUGUCCUUGGAAGAGGCAAGAGAGCGAGCCUUUAUUGGUCACCUCGCCCCCAAGAAAUUCAUAGACGUGGGAGGUGGACCUAAGAAUCUUCCAUCCAAAUACCACACAGUCAUCGACCUACCAGGAUACAAGACUUCUACUGAGAACAUAGUUUACAAACCCGUCCUGAGUAAGUUUUCAAAGUUAGGUCUGACCUUGAUGCCCUCCAAGUUUCAACUCUCACCAUCAGAUGAAGGGAAAAAAACGCAGAGCUCAUCGAAAGAGAACAAGCCUGUAUCUGGCAACAAGAAGUCUGCCUCUAUGAGUGCAGGGAGUGCCUCUACUGCUGGUAGUGGUGGUUGGAAAUCUAUCUUCUCUAAACCUCGCAGUGGCAGUGUUAAAAAGGCUCGCAAAUCUAGUCAAGAAUCUGUGACUCUAGGGCCAGUUCAAGCCAAGGCUAUCACAGAGGAGGAUGUCCACAACUGGAAGCGUCAUCUGCGCAGCGCUAAGAGUGCAGAGUCUCUCUUUUCCAUCACCAAUACGUCUAGGACAGGCAGUAUCAGCAGUAGGACCUCACAGAGCAACACUGAGAACAGCUCAGCACCAACCACAAACAACAAGCAGGAAGUGUCACCUAAUGGGAAAGCUAACCCUGUAACAUUUCAUCUGUCACACAAGCGUUCUCUUUCCUCUGAUGCUCCUGCUGUUCUACGUAACCGUCAAAUCUCUCAGGAAUCAAGUCGAAAUAGUGAAUGUAUUGAUGAUUCCCGCCAGUCAUUCCACCGUGGUGAUUCAGCUCGUAAAGCUUUACACAGGAGGAUACCAUCAGCGCCAAACACUCCACGCCAGGAUAGAAGGCCAACUAAAGAGAGGAGUUCAAGCAUGACCAGAGGGGACACAUCAGGCAGUGGGGAGGACAUGGACAUUAGCCUGGAGGAUUUCAUCUACCCUAAGCGUGAGAGCCAAGGAGACAUUGAUAUAGACGCUGCCAUCAAGUCUAGACUACAGCAGGUGGCAGACCAAAGCAGGUUUGCCAAAUCCAAUGAGGAACUGACAUCGCCUCUCAAACGUGGGGCCAGGAGUCCCACUAUGGGGAGGAAGAAAGCCAAAGGGGAAGAUGAGUCCCCUUCACAUUUGUCCCCUGGCUCCCCAAGAUACAUGUCGAGAAAAGUGACUUCGUCUGCAGGUGAUGUGCCUGCAAAAGUGGACAGCAGUCCAUAUGACAAUGAUGAUAGAGAGAGCAGAAUGCGUCACUUUUACUCACGUUUCCAUGACUACGCAGAAAUCUUGUCUGACGAUGAUAUAGGAUUGGCCAGAACACCGGACAGUCAGGGUACUAUGUCUGUAUCAAGCUCUGGCUGCAACAUGCAGGAAGUGUUGGACCAGAUUGAUACUAGGCUGGCCAUGAACGCUAUGCUGUUCCCUAGGCCAGGCAUUGGUGACACAUCCAACUACAGGGUUGGGGAUGAUGCAUCAGUUAGCAAGGAGACAGUGUUCUCGAGUGGCAUAGAGACUACUACAACCACCACCCUGGUUAAUAACUCUCAGAAGGAAACUGAAUUCAGUGUUAACCAGCCAGCUCUACUUUCCUCCUUUAAACAGACAGAGUUCCCUGCAGUGGUGCAUGCUGUGCCAAGAGAACAAGUGAAGCAACUCUUGGGUCUGGAUGAGCCUGACCAUGCAGCCGAAAGAACCCCUUCUGAUAAGCAUUUGCCAGGAACUGUAGUAGGACAAAAGAAAGUGGAAACCAACAAAUCCAGUGGCACAAUAUUCCACAAAGGAGUUAGUGAUAAGAGUAAUUUGGGAGUGAGUGCCACACGAGUUGUGCGGAGACGUGCUGAAUUUAUUCCCAGCUCCAGUGCCACUUCCAGAGACAUGGAUAACCUUCAAGACUUACUGAAUAGUUUAGAAAAUGAGGGUGUCCCAUCCUCAGCCUCAUCAAAACAUUCUUCACCAGGAGUUCAAGAGAAACACAGGUCACCUCAGAACUUAUCGUAUCAGUCCAGCAACUCUGGGAGCUUUGAGUCAGACGUGUCUGCCCCAGAUCAGAAAGGUGCAGUCAGGCUUGGCAUGAGCAAGUGCUUGAGUGUGCCCAGUGACAUAGCUAGAUCCCUAGAAAAUGUAACAGAAAGUCAAUCAGACAUGCUAUCCUCUGUCACCAUCAGUGAACUGUCUAUGUCAAUUAACAGCUUUACCAAUGCCCAAGAGGGGAUAACUCCCACUAAUGGGAGAGAUGCCCUUAGGGUGGAUGAGUCUGACCCCAGAAGAAGAAGAAGCACCAGCCUUGACAGCCUGACUGAAAAUGAUCACCUGAUGACCCGGACACUGCGUGAGAUCAAUCGACAGAUGGAUGUUGCGUUUAAGCAUGACACUGGCUCUCACAGAAUGAUUUCCUCUGACCUAGAACUCAGCACCAGCCCAGAGGUCAAGGUCACUCCUCAAGCAUUAGCUGACCUUAGAUCAGCAGCUAUAGUGAGAGUUUUAGAUAAGAACCAGGAAGAUCCUUCAUCUUACUCAGAGAACAGCAACAUUUCUGGUUCGUCACUCAAACCAAAGAAACAUUCAUUAGCUGUCUCUAGAAAUGCCAAGUCCUACAGUCAGUCAGACUCUGAAGAUUCAUUAACAUUUGUGACAGAUGUUGCUAGCACUAACUCUCUAGCUAAUAUCCCUUUACUUAGCCCAACUGUAGAGACACGGGAUAACAAAUUUUCAGAACACUAUGGACAAACUGAUACUGGUAGCUGUCAGGCUGAGAUAGGUCCUGACAGAGAACAUAGUUCAAUGCAUGUAACAGAGACAUUUACAGAGUACAGACAGACUCAUAGGCAGCAGGAUGAUCACAUCACAAUGGAGACAAGAGUCAUCCAGCCACGCCUCAGAAGGCAAGAUCAUGGUGGGCCUAAAUCUAGUAGCUCAUCUUCUGGUGCUUUAACUGACAGUCAGCAUCAGUUCUCAGAUCUGAAUUCUCACUCUGUGCAGGAUAGCUCAGGGGGAAGAAGUAACAUUGCAAAUAUGUGCAGGAACCGAUCCACUUCAUCCUCAUCAACAUCUUCUGUGUCUUCCAAAAGCUCUGAAGAGUUUGAUGAGGUAGCAUCCCCUGAUGAAGACGCUGCUGUUGUUUUGUCAGCCACUAGGGAUUCAAGACGAGACCUGGGGCAAGUGCCACUUGGUCUGACAGACAGGAGAAAUCUGGGUUCACUUAGUGUGGCUCUACCAUCAGCAGAUGCUGGGCAAUAUCAUGUUGUUAGGAGACAGCAUUCUCCACGUGUUGACCAGCGAUCACCCCUUAACUCUCCAAGAUUUGACCUCAGCCUCUCUCCAAGAUCAAGACUGCUUGAAGAAGCUAACCCUUCAGACAAUAUUUCAUGGCAGUCUAAUGCUCUCUUUGCAGCUGGGGCUCAAAUGGAUGAAACAGAGACUGAGCGAAUGUCUAGCUUGUGUGCAGUGGGUAUAAUGAGCCAGAGGGCCAGGCUGAGCCGUGAGUCCUCCAAUAGCAGUCUUCAAUCUCCAGAAUCAUCUGUUCAGUUUAGUAGCCUGAGAAGUCCACUUGCCACUCCACUAAGGGAGGCUUUGCCCGAUUUAGUCCAGUCCACAACCACUCCUCUAGAAGAUGAGCAAACUGUAAGUGACAUGCAGGCUCGGAGUAAUGUCCCUCUUCAGCUAGCCCUUUACCACCCUGACGAGUUCUCAAUGGACAUUCCAGCAUCCAUAUCCACCUCUGCCCCUUACCCUAUAACCAUCCACCCCUCCCCAUCUUUGCCUCAAGUCCACACAUCUAUGGAUGUAAUCAUGGAGAACAAAAUGACACUGAAGAAAUCUAACACAGAUAAUUGUAUUUCUGAGCAGUCAUCCAAUUCCUUUGAGUUCUUCAGGAAUGGCUCAGGAGAUGCCUGUCAGAUUCUUGGGGGCAAUCUGCGGAGUAACAGUUUUGAUGAAACAUUGACACCUAAGCCAAGUGAAGCUUCAAGCCUAGAAAUCUAUGGCCCUGACAGCAUGGUUCAGUCCCUAGAUGAUGAUGUGUUUGAAAGAAAGUCUGACCACCAUAGUCUAAGCAGAAGGAGACCUGAGUUCGAUCAACAUCCUAACAGGACUCACCAACCCAGCAACUGGAAGGUUAACAUUAGCAGUGAGGACGAAGUAGCCAUGGAAGUAGAUAACCUGUGCAAUAAACUAGUGGAUGAGCUCAAAUCCCCUAGAUCUGACAGCUCUAUGACAUUCUCUCCAGCAGAUGACACAUUCACUGUGUUGGCCUCCAAGGAUGUCAGGACAGACAUUGAUGAGAAUGGUGCUGUCUCUAUGGAAGUUGAAACUUCCCUGGAGGUGCAUGGAUCUGAACCAGCCACACCGAUGGUGAGAGAAAGAAGACUGAUACGUUCAUCCAGCAUAGAAGGAGGAGAGAAGGUCAAAACACGUGUUGUAAGUGUGGAGAACUGCCAGGGAGAAAUUGACCAAGAAGAGGUACAAAAUGUUCUUAACCAAGGACGAGAAAUGCUUCUGUCCCCUGACAGCAGAGAUGGCUUGGAUAGAACAUUGGACAGUUUGACCCCAACGAGUGAUUCAAGCUUACCUGGACGAAAGACUUCUUUCUCUAAAAUACCAAGACCUAAAGCCAGCCCGGAUGUCAUUCAUAAAUUUAGUUCUUGUAAUCCCUCCUACAGAUCUUCUUUCUCAGGGUCCAUGUCUGCUUCCAUGCAUGCUGAUAUUUCUCCAUCGUCCUCUUCAACCUCAUCAUCUUCCUCAUCUAAAACAGGUCACACCAGGCGAGGUUCAGAGGCUUCACCUGUAACAUCAGUUAAGAAAGGGAGUCAUGCAAGGCGGUCAUCUGACACAAAGGUUAUAGACUUUAGCAGUGGCAAUGUUUCCCCAACAACCAGAAAUCAGCCUACUGCAGGGACCUCCUCAAAACCUAAUCCUAGGAGUCGUGACAUCAAGAAUACACCAGAUAAUAAAUCUUCACGCAUUCCACUGUCCCAUCGAGUUCCUAGCCCACAGUCUGAGUCUUCUAGCCUUGGAAUUGGCAAGCCACAAAGUAAAAUACCAAGCCCUGUUCCCAAACCUCGCAAAAUGAGUAACAGCCUUCGCAGCCAACAUGGGGGGCUUCUUGCUGAUGAUGUUAUAGAGGUCACCCGGCAGUCAGUCAAGCGUGAAAACACCGGGAAAAGUGAGAAGGAAUCAGUCAAGAAGGAAGCUGCAUCAUCAUCCAAGAAAACUGUCACAGUGAAAGAUGUACCUGAAAAGGGUGCCAAACUAGUCAUCGAGCAGGAUCUUAAGAAAAAGGUUCAGACUGUUCAUGCCAAGAAGGUGAACCAGCCAUCCAGGCAGGUAGCCGAGGCUCUUGAUGCAGAAAACAAUUCUUGUCAUCAGUCUAAAGGAACGGAGAGUAAAGAAAAUUCAAUGCCUGGUACCAUCACAAAAAAGUUAUCUAAUGAUAACAAAACUGAAACCUUUGAGAAGAAAACUCCACCCCCAGUGGCAAAAAGAAAAUUUCAUUAUGACUCAAAGUCUCUGCCUCGGCGAUCUAAAUUCUUAGAGUCCCAAGUGAGUUUUUCCCAGCAGUCAACAGGAAGUCCCUGUCAGUACUCCGACAUAGCUGGCAGCAGAUCUUCUCUUGAUGACUCAUUCUUACAGUUAGCUGCCGAGAGACAUGAUCUGUUUGUGCCUGAAGAUUCUGAGGAAGGAAUGUUGGGUUUGUGUUCUGGCUCACUGCGAGUAAAGCCAUCUCAAAAAAUGCAAAGCUUGAUGGAUUUGUUUGAACGUGGAUCUGAUUCCAAUAUGUCUGACAGCUCAGGUAGCCCAGGUACACGGCAUAGAGAUAGAACAUAUUCAGGAUCUUUAAUAGCUCAUUCUGGACAUCUGACCCCAUGUUUAGAGGCUGUGAAACAUGAGCAAGAAAUGGUUGAGGAAGAUACUUUGCAGCGAUCUCUGCAAGAUUUCUGUCAUUUUUCUGUUAGUUCUCAUGUGUCUAGAUCCAGGGAAAGAGUUGUGCCUACAGUGGAAACUGAUGUAAGGGAAACUGAUGUAAGUGUUGCUUGUAGUGAUAAUGUUGUGAGUAGAACCACAGUAAAGUCUAAAUCACAAUCAGCUACACAAGGGCCAGCAAGCUCACCCAAAGAGAGACCUCGAAGCUCAGUUGAUCUUAGGCAACGCCCCUCCUCUCCAGUAAGGAAACCCUGCAAAGAAAAGGUUUUAUCACCUGGGAGCUCAAGUUCUGCAACUUCCUCAGCAAGCUCACCAUCUGUUGCAGCUAAGAAUUCAAGGCCACCCAAGUAUAAGAACAACUCUAGAACGUAUAGUGAAUCUUCCACCUCAGAAUCUGAUACAGCCUACCACACCGAGGGGAGCACUGUCAGAUUUGCCUCCAGCCAUAUUUCAUCCAUGUCUUCCUCUUUCACUUCCUCCAUUGGCAGCGAUCCAUUUUCUUCUCAGGGCCAGCAGCUUUCUGGCACCCAACCUGCUGUUAUUAGAAGGCGAACGGAUCCAAAAAAGGACCUCAAGGCUAAAGAUAGCAAACUUUUGAUCAGCAGUCAAACUACUAAUACCCCAGCUCAGUCUCCAAGCGCCUGCACUCCUCCAACUUCCCCACGAAACAACGAGCGGAGGAACAGUAUUAAGGAGCUGAGACAAGUGUUUGAAAGAUGUGAAAAUGAAAACUCUUUGGUGACACCUGAUGUUGAACAGUUGUCUUCAGAAACCACCAGCCCCUCAUCCUUGUCAUCAUCUUUCCCUUCCACACACCAGAUGCCGACCCCUCGGGCGCGGGUUAGGUCCACAUCCCCACAGCCAGAGGAACACAGGAGAGAACGUGUGAACAUUAUGAGGCUAAGCCUAGAAAUACCGCUCUCGUCAGUUGGUCCUUUAACUCAUGGGGCCGAUUUGAAAAGCCAACCCUUAAGGCUUGGGCCUAAACCAUUUUAUGGCACACAGAAAUGAUGUAACUCUACAACAGACUCUUAACUAAACGCACCAUGACAGUGUUCUGCCUUGAGUUAACCCUAGCAAACACAGACUUAAUUCUGCACAUUAUCUGCUCAGAGAAUCUAGUCUUCUUUCAAAUGGCUUUCACAUAAAUACGAAAUAAUUUAAUGUACUAUAUUUAUAAUUGUCUAUUCCUUGUAUUUAUUUACCUGCACACAAGUGGAAGUGAAAGGGAAACAAAUGUGCAAUGGAAAUAUUCUAGUUAUCACCCUUUUUCCUAAAAAAACACAAUAAGGCAAUGUUUGUGACUAAAUUGUGCCACAAAAGAAAUAACAGAUGCAUUUUGAUUUUUUUUUUAUGGAACUAUUGUAUUGUACAAUGUCUUUUUUUUUUUGUUGUUGUUAUUUUUUUCCUAUUAUUUUAACAUCCAGAAAUGUUUUGGGGCAUUUAAGUAAAUUAUAAAAUUACAUUUUUUAAACAAUUUGGACCCAUGAUCAAAGUCAUGACUUGGACAAGUAUCAUUUGAGUUCAAGUUAAUAAGCAAAAUACAUUUCUCCUUCUUUAUUGAAUGACUGGAUUCGAUGGGUAUAUGCUUGAUUUUGACCUAUUUAAUGAUUGAGUUAAAAAGAUUUUUAAUAAGUUAAAAUACAUUAAUGGUAUUUUUAUUAAAUAGUUGAUUAGACUGGUACUUAAAUGAUAUCAUUAAUUUUGUUUUACAUAAUAUUGCCUGUUAAGAAAGAUGAAGCUUUUUAUGUUGGUAUAGAUUUGCCUGUGUGAAUUUACAAAAUAUGCUUCAGUCAGAAUGGUGAAAUUUCAAGUGGAAGUGUACAGAACAAAUAAUCGUGUACAUAUCUGUUUAUGUACAUAUUUGCACAAUUAGUGUGUGUGAACAUCUAAUAAUAUUCAAACAAAAAUACUUUCUUUUUUUUUUUGUUAAAUCCUGAGUGAGCUUAUACAUAAUCCUGUGUACAUAAUAGAUCAUGUAGCUGUGGACAUAGCAUGUUUUUGUUUUAAUCCUACUUGUGUGUGUACAUUUGGAUGUAGUGGGACAUGUAUAAUAAAUGAAUAUAAUAAAUGAAUAUUCAUCAAGUGCUAUCACAACCUGAGAAUCAAAGGGGCAUCUCUUAAACACUUAAUUCAGUUUUUUUUUUUUUUCCUUAUCAUGUGCAAUUCUAUUUUGUUUUUAACAUUUACAGACUGACUAGUAGAAAGGGUUUACCUGUCUGCUGUAAAUGAAACAAAACUUUAUAUAAUAUAUCAUAUUUAUAGUGUGUUGGUGUCCAAUGAAAUCCCCACUUUUUCUUUUAUGAACUCUCCAUCUUCCAUUGUUUUUAUACCAAACACAGGAUGUUGAGUUCAGGUCUUCUUGAAUUUAAUGUUUAUGUUUAGUUUUAAUUUUUUUUUUUUUUACAACAAAAUUGUUGUAGCAGCACAUAAUGGCUAGUGCAAUUCCAGCUGUAAUCACCUGUUUAGUUGACUCUGGGACAAUGAGUUUCAUGUUUGACUAUUAUGCCAGUUUCUCUUUGUUUUUCCACUGCCACGGUUUCAUUUGCCUCACUUUUUAGUUGCUGUUGUACUGGAAUCUGUAGAGUGCAGUCAAGUUGUCUAUAGUUUAUAUUAUGGACUCAGUAUUUUCACAUGCUUACUGUACAUGUUUCUAUUAAUUAAUUUUUUUUAAUUGAUCAGAAUUUUUUAGCAGUAAGUAAAAUUCACUUCCCAAUUUGUGAAUCAUCAUCUUUGUUUAUCUUUUGCCAUAAUUUGUUGUUGUUUUUUGAAGACAUUAGUUUGAUCUGAAUCGCUUAUAUAUGUCAGUGAUCACAUUACCUUGCAAGUCACAUUUCGUGGUAAGAGGGGCUGAUGUUUAUAGUAUCUAGUUGAGACUAUGAUAGAAGGUCUGAAAAUACUGGUGUGCUUAUUAUUUUUCAUCCAGAUAAUACAAGGUAAAUACUUUGGGUGCUAUCCCAGCACAACUUCAUCAAGAUGUGAAGCUAGAGAAUCUCUCAUUCUAACCAAUUAACCAAUCAGAACAACAAAUCUAAACUUAAGUUUCUUAGAAAUCCAAACCUCCUUUUUUAGGGGAAAAAAACUGUUGUUAGUAAACUUGACUAUUAAUGGGGAACAGAAUUGUUUUAGGUCCAGCAGGUUCUAGCACAUAAAUCAUUAUGAAAAGACCUUGUAAAGAAUUCUUUUCUAGAAAUAGAAUCCUGUACUAGAAACUAUUAUUUUUUUUGUUAUAAUUGCUUUUGCAUAGCAAAUCUUUUAUGCUCUGGGGAUGUAUGGGAGGUUUCCAUUCUGCCUAUAGGCAUUCAACAAACACUAGUCAGUAUUUGAACUUGAGCCCUCUUGAUAGGUGGCCAGGCCAUUUAUGCAACUCAGCCACACAUAUUUAAAAAUAUAUUUAUAAAAGUUGCACUUGGCAAUGAUUUGUGUAUCCAUUUUAUUUGAUGAGAAAUAGCAGUUUUGCUGAUCAGCCCUGCAUUGUUAUGUAAUGAUCUAAUUUGGAUUAAUCAUAGAUGCCAUUAUUUAUAUUUAAACUGUUGACAUUUUAUAACUUUUUUUUUUAGUCUUUUGAUGUGUUGUAGAUGUAAAAUUCAAUCUUAUUUUUAAAUAUCAAACCAUUGUCUGUAUUGUCUGUGACUUGGUUUGCAUAAUAACCAUGCAUAUGCAUAAAGUAAUUGCAGUCCAUAAACAUAUUUAGGUCAGCAGUGACCAAGAGAAGGGUAGUCCAGUCACAAAACCAUGCAUAAACCUUCCUGCUAGCAACUCACUUUGGGAGGAAUGGGCGGUAUUCUAGGUACAGGGACUUAAUACACAAACGUAAUACUAGAGCAGCAGUUUAGAAGGGGAUAACGACUAUAGAUGUAAUAUGUCUGAAGCCACAUCGCAGAUGUUAACAAGAUAAGUAUAAUGUGAAGCCUUAGAAGGAAAGAAAUGCCAUAAUAAAGGGUUUAAUAAUUGACUUCCCAUCCACUAUUCAUUAAAGUCUAUCACUGAUCACAUUUUAUGAAUUGAAAAGAACUCAUUUGACCCUCACCUGGGAAUAUUUGACUUUAUUUAACUCACUCCUAUGUAAUGUUGUUUGGUGAAUAGUCACUAUUGGUUCACUUUGGGGCAAGGUUUCUUGUAAUAAGUAGUUUAGAAGUUGAGACUUGUCUUCAUGUGUUGUGGUGACAUAGAAUCUCCAUUAUAUCAUGAAGGAAGUCUUCUAGAUUCUUUGGUUCCAUGCUACUCUGUAAGGGCAGUUGAAAUGAUUUCUAGAUCCAAGACAUGAUAAGCUGUCAUUCCAUUCUCUUGAUCUUUUUUUUUUUGUCCAUGCUAAGUGUGACUUAGAUGUUUGGAUGAACAUGUCAGUUCUUCUUUUUUUUUCUCCCUAAAUGAAUGUCCUAAAGUGAAUGAUCACUGGUACAUCUGUAACUACUAUGAAUUUUUCUGCUAUUGGUAACAGACUUUUCAUUUGCAUAGCUGAACCAAAUAUAGAUUAACUUAUAACACCUAAUGAGUGUACGCCUUAACUAGCGACACCAGAAUAUUUAAUCACAUAACUUAACUUUAGAUGGUCACUGUGUCAGUAUGAACCAGGAACUUCUUUCCCUUGGUGAUAAUAAAACAUCUGAUCCUAGUUUGACUUUAGAUGAAACCUUUCCAGGGAGAGCAACUUAAACCAUUUUUUUCUCACAGUUAUAGAAAAUCAUCCUGUCACACAACUGUAUAAAAUAUGAAGUAGUUUGACUGAUGGUAGCUAUGUAAAGAAGAAAGUCAGUUAAGCUUAAUGCUGUGGAUUUAAAAUAUUGUACCAGAAAUAUUAAGAUUCUUGUUUGUGUAUUGAUUACAUUGUGCUAAAAUUUAAUUAAGAUAGUUAUUUUAGCAAUAAGGAGAUUUGUUAAUUAGAAGAAGAGAAUUUUUGCUUCACUCUAGCCAUGAACCUGUUAGAAGGUCUUGAAAUUUAAUGAUAAAAGAAUUUUAAAUUAUUUUUCUUUUUGGGUUGGCUUCUGUUUGUACUUUUUAAAGCCUGUCACUAGUUUUUACGGAUGUAAAGAAAAAUACUCUUGUACAUGUGGUGAAAGUUGUCAUGAAGGGUGCUGAAAGUGACAUGUGUUAGCUGUCCCCCAAAUAUCAUUGUCACAUGUCUCCUUAACUUACAACACACAAAACAUUUUUUAAACAGACAUAAAAUAAUUUGGCUUUGACUUGUACAAUAAAUAUAUUGACUUUUA